UGAACAACCCAGCAUGGCAACUUCACUUGUCAAGGUUGGCGAACUGAAAGGCCAUCAAGCGUCUGUGUGCUGCAUAGAAUAUGCCAGGCAAAGCUUCUUGGGCGACCAUGUACUUGCCUCUGGUUCAGAGGAUGCCACGUGCCGCAUUUGGGAUUUGCGAUCUGGCAAGGUGAUCAAAGGUAUCCAUAAUUUAAAGGAAGCGGUUGGAAGCGUCGCGUUUGCAAAUAAACCGGAUCUUCCGCACUUUUAUCUUGCUUCCGGCAACCAAAUUCAUAUAUACGAUUUGAGAAAUACCGCCAUGAUUUUAACCACCUCGGAACGGCAAUAUGAGUUUAGUGGAGACGAGAUUAAUAGCAUUGAUAUGCAUCCAAAGAAGAACUUUUUGGCCUCCGGUGAUGAUUGUGGUGAAGUAAAAGUAGUGGACUUGGACAAUCACAAAAUAUACAAGCAAAUUAAAAAGAAGCAUCAAAGUAUCUGUAUGGCUGUAAAAUUUCGAUCUCGAAAGCCUUGGGAAGUAUGGUCGGGUGGUCUUGACAGCAAAGUAUACAAGUGGGACUUUUCUCGCGGCACACCGAUGGAUGUGUAUGAUAUGGCAAGCGAGCCUGUAAAAGCACAAAUGUUCAAUCCUCCGUUUGUCUAUUCUCUGGAGACUUCUCCUGAUGAUGCAUGGAUAGCUGCCGGGUCGGGUGACGCGAGUAUCCACUUGAUCAGCAAUACACGCAAUAGAGACGCUCCCACUCAAUUAAUAUUGGAAAAUGGCCAUACCACCAUGGUUACUGCUCUCGCUUUCCUGGAACCCACCGAAGAAUAUCCUGUUCGCUUGAUUUCUGGAUCGGCCAAUGCCUCUUUAGCCUACUGGCAAAUUUCAUCUGCACAAAUUUCAGGCGCACCCAUCAUUGCCAAGCCGCUACAACUGGACCCAACCAUGACAAAGCUCAAUUCCUUGCAAGUUUAUGAACUUGACAACCAAGCUUAUAUUGCUGCUGCGGGUGUAGGUUCUUCAGCAACUACUGGUCUUAUUCAUAUAUAUGAAUUACCCUGAUUUGCAUCGAUUUAAAGCCCAAAGACGCAAUUCUUGUUAGUAUUAUAUUAGAUAAAAUGAGGGAGAGCGUUGUACAGUACAAGAGAACACCCUUAAAAUUUUUGAUGCAACCUAGGACGCUGGCGGUGAUUGGAUUUCACCGUCACGUUUUCGUUGGUUGGGCGGACUAUAAAAUUUCUG